GGACUGAAAGCCAUUGCAUUCAAUAUAGGGCGGUUUAAAUCUGCGGAUGACAGCUAACCUUCAUGUGGAAAUAGCGUUGCUUUCACACUUGCAUUUUUGUUUUUCAUCCUUUUUCACGGGUUCAAUCUUCCUUUUCAUUUUCCUUUUCCUUUUCCUUUUUCUUUCCCUUCUGCCACCAUCAUCUCCAUCACUUUUCACAUCUUGUUACUCUCUCACUUUGGUUCUGCUCAUCAUCCCUCUCUGGCUGCUUUAAUUCUGUGUUCUUCAGUUUUGUCUUCAUGGGGUGUUGCUUCAGUGCUAGGAUCAAAGCUGAGAGCCCUCCACGAAAUGGUUUGAAUUCCAAGGAUGAUGGCUUGAGCAGCAAGGUCUCCACCCCCUCAGUGCCACCAACUCCACGGACGGAGGGUGAGAUCUUGAAGUCCUCCAACAUGAAGAGCUUCACCUUUGGUGAGCUUAAAAUUGCUACUAGGAACUUUCGUCCGGAUAGUGUGGUGGGUGAAGGUGGGUUUGGUUGUGUUUUUAAGGGGUGGAUUGAUGAGCAGUCACUUGCACCAGUUAGACCAGGGACUGGAAUGGUCAUUGCUGUGAAGAGGCUUAACCAAGAAGGUUUGCAGGGACACAGUGAAUGGUUGACAGAAAUCAAUUACCUGGGGCAGCUGCAUCAUCCUAAUCUCGUGAAACUGAUUGGUUACUGCUUAGAGGAUGACCAAAGGCUUUUGGUGUAUGAGUUUUUGACCAAAGGAAGUUUGGAUAAUCAUCUGUUUAGGAGAGCUUCUUAUUUUCAACCACUUUCUUGGAACAUCCGUAUGAAGGUUGCUCUUGAUGCUGCUAAGGGUCUUGCAUAUCUUCAUAGCGAUGAAGCAAAAGUGAUAUAUCGAGACUUCAAAACUUCAAAUAUCUUGCUUGAUUCAGCUUACAAUGCAAAACUUUCUGAUUUUGGCUUGGCAAAGGAUGGACCAGCUGGUGAUAAGAGCCAUGUCUCUACAAGGGUAAUGGGCACAUAUGGCUAUGCCGCUCCUGAAUAUAUGGCCACAGGUCACUUAACCAAAAAGAGUGAUGUAUACAGCUUUGGGGUAGUUCUCCUUGAAAUCAUGUCUGGAAAACGUGCACUUGACAACAACAGGCCAUCUGGGGAGCACAAUUUAAUUGAGUGGGCCAAACCAUACCUCAACAGCAAACGCAGGAUCUUCCAAGUCAUGGAUGCACGCAUUGAAGGCCAAUACACAUUGCGUGAAGCAAUGAAAGUAGCUAACCUUGCAGUUCAAUGCCUAUCUGUGGAACCAAGAUUUAGACCAAAAAUGGAUGAAGUGGUGAGAACAUUGGAAGAACUUCUGGAUUCUGAUGACAAAGCUGGCGAAGGAAGCUCAAGAGGUCAAGCUGUCAAAAGGAAUGGCCAUAGCUCAAGUAGCAGUGGCCCAAGACAACACAGAAGUAAACAUCAUCGUGAAACAACAGUGACACACAAGUAAAAAUGAAUGCUGAUUUAAUGCUGUGGGUGUCUGAUUUUGCUCGAUUUGGUAUCCUGUAUAUCAUCAUGAACUUAAGCAUGUUUUAUGAUGUGUUAUUGCUGUACAGAUUUUGAUUCAGUAAAAUUAUUAAAAAUUUCAUUUCUUUCG